AGAGAGAGAGAGAGAGAGAGGGGGGAAGGAGGGGGGGCUUGGCGCAUCCGAGCGAGAGAGAGCACACGGAGGCUUCGCUUUCCAGUAUGCAACCUGCGAGACGUCACGCCGCCAUCUACUUGCGCUAGUAACACACUCACACACACACACACACACACACACACAGAGAGAGAGAGAGAGGGAGAGAGAGAGAGAGAGAGAGAGAGGGAGGGUCAGUGAUGGAGAGGCAGUAGUGGCGGUGCCGUUCCGCGCAGCACAGCCCAGCCCGCGCACGCACGCAUGUGGUGCCACACAAAAGAAGGAGCAGCGUCUUUGCGCACAAGUGGGACGGAUAUCGUCGUCUCGCCCGGGAGCGUCGCCGUGUCUCCACAGUGAUGUCCGUGUGCAGAAUCGCUUUUUAAGUGACAAACACGGAUUAUCCUGAGGCUGUGAAUUCCGCGGAGAUAUCACCGCCCUCAGCACAGAUUGGGAAACCAGACAGUUCGGAUUCCAUAGACAGUUCCAAUUCGGAUUCCAUACAUUCAUGAAUGAAUGUGAGACUACUUUGACCCUCCAAAAUUGAAGAUGAUGUUGCUAUGGAAACUGCUGGUGCUGCAGUCACUUAUGGGGUGCCUUGCAGGGAGCAGUGUCCCACAGAAUCCUGUCUUCACCAAGCAGCCCGGCAGCAUCGUGUACCCUGUGGAAACGCUGGAGAGGAACAGGGAGGUGGUGUUCAGCUGCGAAGCCCAGGGAAGCCCAGUGCCCAUGUACCGGUGGAAACUGAAUGGCACAGAAAUCAGUCCCAAAUCUGGAUCUCACUACAGCCUCUCUGGAGGCAACCUUAGAAUCAACCGUCUAAACAAAGACCAAGAUGCUGGAACGUAUCAGUGCCUCGCCUACAACUCUUUUGGGACCAUCGUCAGCAGAGAGGCCAGUCUUACCUUUGCAUACUUGGAAAACUUCAAGACUCACAGAAGAAGCUCGGUAUCAGUUCGUGAAGGUCAAGGAGUGGUCCUGCUGUGCGGCCCUCCGCCACAUUCUGGGGAUCUGAUCUUUUCCUGGAUCUUUAACGAAUACCCGACAUAUGUGAAGCAGGAUACCCGUCGCUUCAUCUCACAGGAGACGGGUAAUCUGUACAUUGCCAAAGUGGAGCCAUCCGAUGUUGGCAACUACACCUGUGUGGUGACCAAUUCCGUCACAAAGACCCAAGUCCAGGGUCCACCCACUCCGCUGGUGCUCCGCAGUGACGGUGUGAUGGGUGAAUAUGAGCCAAAGAUUGAAGUUCAGUUUCCAGAGGUUGUUCCCGUCGCCAAAGGAUCCACUGUGAAGCUGGAAUGCUUUGCUCUGGGAAACCCAGUGCCCUCCAUAAACUGGAGGAGAGUGGACGGCAUACCCUUCCCCAGGAAAGUGGACAUGAGGAAAGCCAGCGGCGUCCUGGAAAUCCCAUAUUUCCAGCAGGAGGACGCCGGCACAUACGAGUGUGUGGCCGAGAACUCCCGGGGAAUGAACACGGUGAAAGGAAAGCUCUCCUUCUACGCGCCUCCUCAUCUGAUAGAGAAACCCCAGGAUGUGCAGAAGCUCAUCGACGACUCCUUGGCGUGGGAGUGCAAAGCCACCGGGAAGCCAAAGCCUUCCUUCAGGUGGAUGAAAAAUGGGGAGAACCUGGAUUUUGCUGAGGAGCGCAUACAGGUCGCCAACGGGGUGCUGUCAAUCAGUCGCCUGACCCUGUCCGACACGGGAAUGUACCAGUGUGUGGCGGGGAACAAGCAUGGAGAGGUUUACUCCAACACUGAGCUCCGAGUCAUAGCUGUUGCCCCAGAUUUCUCUCACAAUCAACUGAGGAGCCAGACGCUGGUGAAGGUAGGAGGAGAUGUGCUCGUCGAGUGCAAGCCAAAGAUGUCUCCUUGGGGUGUGAUCUCGUGGCAGAAGGGCAGCGAACCACUUCGAGAGAGUAACAGGGUCUCCAUUCUGGACAACGGGAACCUUCGGAUAUGGAACGCAACCAAAUCCGAUGCAGGCCUCUAUACCUGCUUGGCAACAAACCAGUUUGGUGUGGCAAACAGCAAAGGAAGCGUCACAGUUAAAGAGCCGACCAUCAUCACCACCCAGCCGUCCACGCUGGACGUCACCGUGGGGGAGAGCGUGGUCCUGCCCUGCCAAGUGAACCACGACCCGUCUCUGGAGCUCAAGUUCACCUGGUUCUUCAACGAGCAGCUCAUCCACUUCGGGAGCCACGGGGGAUUUUUUGAAAAAGUGGGAGGCCAGCAUUCAGCGGGAGACAUUAUGAUUCGAAACAUCCAGCUGAGGCAUGCUGGGAAGUACACGUGUGCCGUGCAAACGAAGGUGGACAGCAUUUCCAUUGCCGUUGACUUGGUUGUCAGAGGUCCCCCGGGGCCUCCCACCAGCAUCCAUGUAGAAGAAAUCAGCGAUACCACAGCCUCCCUGUCCUGGAGGCCUGGUCCCGAUAAUCACAGUCCAAUUACGGCAUAUACCAUCCAGGCCAGGACACCCUUUUCCCUCGGGUGGCAGGCUGUCACCACAGUUUCUGAGGUGGUGGGGGGCAACCGGCUGACAGCUACAGUAAUAGACCUGAGCCCCUGGGUGGAGUAUGAGUUUCGAGUUCUGGCAAGCAACACCAUCGGGACCGGCGAGCCCAGCAAGCCAUCCAAACAAGCAAGGACGAAGGGGACCUCUCCGAAGAUCACACCAGCUAAUGUGAGUGGAGGCGGUGGCAGUCGCUCCGAAUUAGUCAUCACAUGGGAGCCUGUGCCAGAGGAGCUGCAGAACGGACCUGGUUUCGGCUACGUAGUGGCUUUUCGACCCCGCGGUGCCACGGGGUGGAUGCAGGCGGCGGUACCUUCUGCGGAGGCGUCCAGAUACGUCUUCAAAAAUGAGAGCAUACAGCCCUUCUCGCCUUUCCAUGUGAAGGUCGGGGUUUACAACAAUGAGGGGGAGGGGCCCUUUGGACCUGUUACCACCAUCUACUCUGCAGAGGAAGAGCCUGGCCGGGGGCCCACCAGGGUUCGUGCCAAGAGCCUCUCUGCAUCCGAGAUUGAAGUUUUGUGGAAAGCUCUGCCCUGGAAUGCCAGCAAGAGAAGAGUGCUGGGCUAUGAGCUGAGGUACUGGAGUAGAAGUGAAAGGGAAGACACGGCCAGCGUGCAAAGGACGGUAGGAAAUCAAACGUCUACUAUUAUCCAUGGGGUGAAAGGCAGCACCACAUAUUACAUCUCAGUGAGGGCGUAUAACACCGCUGGAACAGGGCCUCCCAGCGCCACUGUCAAUGUUACCACCAAAAAGCCACCGCCCAGUCAGCCACCAGUUAAAGUGAUGUGGAACACAUCGAACUCCAAGAUUAUAUUGAACUGGGAGAAGGUCAGAGCCCUGGAGAACGAGUCAGAGGUCACCGGUUACAAAGUGCUCUACAAGAAGAACCCACACAGCCGCCCCAAUGUCAUGGAAACCAACACCACUUCUGUGGAGCUAGCUCUGCCCACCGAUGAGGAUUACAUCAUCCAGAUAAAACCAUUCGGGGAGGGAGGGGAAGGCAGCAGUAGCAGGCAGAUCACCAUCCCAAGGAUACCAGGCCCCAACGCAGUCGGCUCAGCGUCCAAGGUCUCCACUCUGUCGGCGCUCAGCACAAUAGCACUGUCUUUCACAGCUCGGACUUCUUUAUGACAAACGGCUCCCAGCAGACGUUGCCUCUGAUUUUGGGACAGCUUGACAGCGGAACGCAAACACAGCCCACUUUGGUGUAACUGGAUCUUUUCAUUUAGAUUUUAGAGGCAGAAGGAAGACGCUGAUGGAAAUAAAAAAAAAAUUCAAAAAAAAUGAAAAUUUGCCACUGAGAUGUCAGGGAAGGAGUCCCCUUCAGCACCCAGGCUAAGUAAAGGAAGUCGGCCGUUGUUGUGACUACGUUGUUACCAAAGCAGCUUUCAUAAAAAAAAGGGGAAAGAGAAAAAUGUCUUAUAUGCAUCUUUUUGUAUGACAUGUUGAGCUUUUAUAGAUUUUUGUUUUCUUAAGUCAGUCGGGGCCUAUCGGGACAACUAGGUGCAUGGCAAACAAAAUCAUCAACUUUUCCAGUCGGGAGCAUAAGAAUGUGAUUUGACAGUGUACCUGUUGUCUACUAAAGUAAGUUAAGACUUGUGACUUUGUUCGUAAAAGACCAGAUAGGUUUUUUUUCUUUUUCUUCUCCAAGUAAAUUAACUAUUAACUGUUCCCUGUUACAUCUCUGCAUUUCUGUUCCUGCAAUAUUUCACUCAAAGAGUUUUUCUCGGCCGUCUUAUGCGGAGAGAGGAUUAUGAUGAGACAGCACAUGCUAAUGUUGGUUAGCCAAGUGGAUUUUUCAUUAAUUAAUAUUAAGAGGUGGACGAAUUUUGUUACUUUAAUGUCAUGGAGCUACACAAAACACAAUAAUAACCAUAUGCGUUUUAACUAACAUAACGCGUUAUCAUGCCUUUUUUUGCCGCCAGUCCUCUUGGGUAACGAUGGCGGAGAAAAGUUGUCCUUAAAGCCACAAGUGUGAUCGUUGCUGACCUGUAAACCAGAAAUGGCUCCAUGCUGCUGUUGGAGAGUAUCUCCCCAUGCGUUCCUUCUACCUUGGCCAUGGAACUGCGCUGGUGGCCGCCUCGUGCCCCUCAUUGUUUUCGGUUAGCCCUGUGUCUAGAGCUAUUCUUUGCCUUCUGUGUGCCUCAUCAUAUGUUCAAAAUCCUCAGGUCCUUCAAGAGCCUUAACUUAUCACAUGUAUAUCAAAAAAACAUUAGAAGCAUAGGAUUAUGAAGCAGCCGCGGUGAAGUUUACAUGCUGCUGAGUUGAUAGAAGCUGUGUGUGGUCAGGAUC